AACAUUUAAAUGAAGCUGCGUCUCUUUCUUCUGGUCGUGGUAGUAUACUGUAUAGUUCAUCGAGCUCGUUGUCAAGCGGUGGUAGCAAUGGCAGCACUACUAUGUCUUCACCAGUUGGUGCUAGUAUGUCAUUGCCCACUGCUCUAUCACCUGUGAUAUCUAAAACAUAUAUAAAUUGCAACAUUGCAAGCAGUGCAAACGGAAAUAAUAGCCCCUCCAAUGCCAGCGUUACAUCUAAGGCCCCUGGCGUAUUUGACCAUAAUCAGCAACACCAAAUUAAAUCACCAACUUCGGUGCCUGGCAAUACUAGUCCUUCGGGUGUGCUAUCCGCCAAUACAACUGUUGCUUUGGCAAAUGGAGCAAUUGUCAAUGUGAGCAAUGCAGCGCUGUCUUUAACGGCAAAGAACAUUUCGGCCAUGUCUCUGACACGUGACUCUCCAACACCAUCAACGCCAUCUCCAUCACCGUCAUCUUCGAGUUGCGUUUCGUCGUCCUCAUCGUUGAUAUCAUCGUCACCGCCACGCACAUUAAGUGGCAUAAUUAGUGGACGAAAUGUGACUGUCAGUAUUCCAAAUAACUUAAAAUUCGCUAGUAGCACUGGACUCGCUACGAGCCGAGUAACAGCGACAAGUGGCGGUGUAACAACUGGGAAAGGAACGUCGUCGGCAGCCGCCGCUAUUAUAGCGACAUCUCCGCCUAGCAACAACGGCGUUACUUCUAAUAAUAAUG